CCCUCCUCUUCCUGGUCUCUAUGAUGAGGAAGUCUCCGUAGUGACAACUGCUGCACAAGGAGGAGGGAGCGCGCUGACACCAUGGGGAUCCUGUCUGAUCCAAAUCGGCGGCAGGCGCUGUCACGUGUCAUCACAAGGCUGAACGCCCCCCUCUGCAUCAUCAGCUAUCUGAUCGGGGUCGGCUGGUUCUUGGGUCUGGCUUUCCAGCCGUUCACACUGCGUUCCUACAUAUCAGAGAACUCCAUGGGAUCCACAAUGGUGGACGAAAAGUUCAUCUAUGGUGAGAAAGCGCUGUCAUAUGCCCGAGAGUUCGCCGCACACAAGAAGUCAGCAGGGGGUUCGCCUGUCGCCUGGCUGGAGAGGACGAUGCGAGGAAUCGGGCUGGAGGUUUACACUCAGAGCUUUGUCAGGAAUCUGCCAUUUCCUGACGAAUCUACGGAGCGCUACCUGGUGAAGGGCACCAAUGUGUACGGCAUCCUGCGCGCCCCUCGUGCUGCCAGUACGGAGUCCCUGGUUCUCAGCGUCCCCUGCAGCGAGGGCCAGAACAAUAACCAGGCAGUGGGGCUUCUGCUGUCAUUGGCUUCUUAUUUCCGAGGGCAGAUCUAUUGGGCCAAGGACAUCAUCUUCCUGGUGAAUGAGCACGACCUGAUCGGGAUGGAGGCCUGGCUGGAGGGAUACCACGACGUGAACAUCACAGAAAUAAGGUCUUCGGUAAUGAUGGGACGAGCCGGAGCCAUCCAGGCCGCCAUAUCUCUGGAGAUCAGCAGCGAUGUCAUCACCAGUUUCGAUGUGGUCGUUGAAGGGCUGAACGGGCAGCUACCCAACCUGGAUAUGGUGAACUUGUUCCUAGCGUUCUGUCAGAAGAACCAGCUGCUCUGCACCAUACAGGGCAAGCUGCAGCGUAAUGACUUUGACACCUUCCCGGGAUACCUACACAACCUGCACACAAUGCUGCUUAUGGUGCUCAAGCAAGGGUCCGCUCGACCUCAGGGAGACCAUGGCCUCUUCCUCCGCUACCACAUAGAAGCCAUCACCCUGCGCGGUAUCAACAGCUUCCGGCAGUACAAAUACGACAUGGUGACCAUAGGAGAGACUCUUGAAGGGAUGUUCCGCAAACUGAAUAACCUGUCGGAACGUCUGCAUCAGUCCUACUUCUUCUACCUUCUUCCCUCCCUCUCCAGAUUUGUGUCUAUCGGGAUUUACAUGCCGGCCAUCGGUUUCAUCAUCCUUAUUCUCAUCCUCCGAGCCCUGGAUCUGUGGAUUAAGUUGAGCCGACCAGAAACGGCAAGUGAAGACGGAGCAGGAGACAGCCAAGUGGAUGGGAGACCUGGCUUCCUGACACUGGCGACCCCCAUCGUGAUCUGCCACGCCACAGGGCUCAGUCUGUACUACCUCCCGGUGCUGAGCCAGGACAUGGCCACCGACCACUUCCCAGUCUCGGAGUCUGAAGCCGUUGUGCUCACCGCCAUUGCUAUAUAUGUAGCAGGAUUGGCGCUGCCCCAUAAUACUCACAGGGUCCUGACUGGAGGUGGAUCGGAUCAGGGCUGGAUGACGCUGAAGCUCAUCUCCCUCCUGUAUCUGGCCGUCCAGCUCGGAUGUAUUGCCGUCAUUAACUUCUCCUUGGGAUUCAUCCUGGCCGUCACCAUUGUGCCUGUGGCCGCUGUUGUCCAGCCCGUCGGACCCAAACUCCUCUUUGCGUUCCUGCUGAUCCUGGUCACACCGGCGACUACUCUCCUUGGCAGCAUCUUCCUGUACCGAGAACUCAUUGAGUAUCCCGUGACCUUUUUGGAAUGCUGGCAGAUCUUCCUCCAGGCCAUCGCCGGGGGCAUGCUGGACCACUACCUCUACGGAUCGCUGCUUUUCCCCUUCAUUUCCUUCUUUGUAUACCCCUGCUGGCUGCAGCUAUGGAACGUGGUCUUCUGGAAGUAACAGCCAGACUGGGUUUUAUUUCUUCCUAAAAAAUAAUCUUUCUUGGCAAAAAAAAGUCUAAAGGAAACGUAGAGGAGUCCGUAACACUUGAUGUGAAGAGGAUUCUGGGGAAGAUGAGGCCCAUCUGAAGGCAGCGAUGCACUGGGGGGUGGUGGAUGACGUCCAGCAGGAGGAAUCCUGAAAAAGAUGGAAAAUAUUUAUUGGAACGGUUGUGAGAAGCAUGAGACGUUUCACUGAUUAUUUUUGGACUUUCUUUUCAGUUGUAUGUUUGUUUCGUGGAAAAUACGUUUUCAGUAUGAGCAGAUGAGACUCCUGAGUGACUACGAGCAAUGCUGAAUGGAAGCUGUAAUGGAUAAAAUAUUCACAUGAAACGGGAGCCAGACAGUGACCACUCCUUUAUUACUGCUUCAUUAACCAUGAAAAAAUAAA